CUCUUUCAUCUGCAAUUUUGCAGUAAAAAUAUUGUUAAGUUAUGGGUUCAUAUGUAAUGUAGUUUACAUUUAAUCUCUUAUGUAAGUAGAUUAGGAUAUAAGGGUCUAAUGUGUAAUUACGAAUUUCAUUUUGUAUAAGUAUAACGUAAUGAGAAAUAAACCCUAUUCUUUUGGGUUCCCAAUUCUAUCUAUCAUUUUACAUGGUAUCAAAGCACCGAUCUUGAUCGGAUUACCUGUCGAGCACCCUCCUCAUCAGUCGAAGGCUUGCCAACGCCAUACAACUUGUCGACUUGACUUGUUGAUACUGUACGCUGCUCUUCUCUCGCCGUACGACGUCCGACAAGCCAGGUUGUUGCUCGACGAAGCCCUUUUCAAUCUCCGACGAACUCAGGCUUUGAGUUCCGAUCGUUUUUUGACGUCACCAAGACUCGCCGGCUCUUUCCGACGUUAUCUGACCUUGCCUGCAUCGUCCUUGACCAGUUCCGACGCCGUACAGCCAAUUCCGAAGCUGUACAGUCAAUUCCGACGCCGUACAGCCAAUUACCGACGUCGCUCCACACCUGUUUGGCUCCAGUUCAGUUUUUUCGUGGUUCUUGGAGUUGGGUCAGAUCUGUUUUUCCUCAUUUGGCGCGGGUAAUAGGUAUUUACACUGUUUUUUUGUUUGGAUCAGAAUAAUCAGCUUUUUCGGAACCCUAUUUGUCCUAUUCUGUAUCAUUUGUCAUAAUCUUGGUUUGUUGAAAUGUCGGAGGAUAAACAAAAGGCUUUCGCUAGUACAAAUGAUGAGUUGAGUCAUGUAGGGACUCUAGAUAAUUUUUCUUUGGAUAUUUGCCAUAUUAAGUUGGAUGGUACCAACUAUUUGAUUUGGUCUCGUACUUUUAUUUUGGCUAUUGAGGCCAAAGGGAUGUCAGAGUUCAUUGAGGGCCCUGUUACUCCACCUGUUGAGGCGGUCGAACUCAAGAAGUUUAAAUCUCGGAAAUCAUUAGUCAUGACAUGGUUGUUUAACUCUAUGAGAGCUGAUAUUCGUCAUACUUUCCUGCCACUUGAUACUCCACAUUAGAUUUGGACUACUGCAGCCCAGACCUAUUCUCAGCAAGGUAAUGAUGCACAGUGUUUUGAGUUGAGGAAGAGGCUCCGUACAUUGGAGCAAAAUCAUCGUUCUGUUGCUGUGUAUUUUGUUAACUUGAGUGGAGCUUGGGGGGAAUUUGAUUAUUAUCAGGGUUUUCAGGCUGUUUGUGUUGUGCAUGCUGCUAAUUGGCUAAAAAGGAUGGAGAAAGAGCGUGUUUAUGAGUUUCUUGCUGGUCUUGAUCUAGAACUUGAUCCGAUUAGAGUGCAAGUGUUGGGUCGUGUUCCGUUUCCAUCUUUGGGAGAGGCCUAUUCUAUUGUUCAGCAGGAGGAAAGUAGAAGGGGUGCUAUGUUGCACCCUCCUAUUUCUGAUCGUUCUGCCCUAGUUGUUACUCCUCAGGGUCAUUUUGUUUCUGAUAGUGGGCCUAUUCUCCAGGGUGGCAAGUCCCUGUCUGGUACUAGCAGUGGGCCUCUUGAUCGUGUAUCAUUCCAGUGUGAUUAUUGCCACAACAUUGGUCAUAGCAAGGAUUUCUGUUGGAAGCUACAUGGCAAGCCCUCUCGUGGGCGCGGGGGUGGACGCGGUGGCCAUAGUCGUGGUCCAGUGCGUUCUCGGGCCCAGGCCCAUGUUUCGGAGUCUACAGUUGACACCUUGCCUGAUUCUGGGUUCAGUUAUGGGAUUCAGGCGUCAUCUGAUCAUGUUAGUGGUUUCUCUCAGGGGGAGAUACAAACUCUCAGGCACCUUACGGCUCAAGCUGAUUCUCCAUCUACUACAGCUUCCUUUUCCACAGUAGCUCCUACAUCUUAUUUUGCUCAAUCAGGAACUGGAUAAGGGGAAGGUGAUUGGCAGUGGUAAAUUACAUGGUGGCCUCUAUUUCUUGGAGUCUGCACCUCGUCCACCCAUGUCAUGUGGUCUUGCUCUGCAAGCAGAUACGGGUCCAACUCUUAUUAUGUUACAUCAGUGGCACCAUAGAUUGGGUCAUCCAUCCUUCGGAAUUUUAGAGAAACUUUUUCCUAAUUUAAUAAAGCAUUGUCCUAGGAGUCAGUUUUUUUGUGAAGCCUGUGAGUUUGGAAAACAUAAACAUUCAUCUUAUGCACCUAUUAAUAAACGAAGUGCGUCUCCUUUUAUAGUUAUCCA